AUCAAAUUGAAACAAAAAUGAUAUUUUAACAAUACAAAUUGUAUGUAUAUUUUAAUAUAUGGUAUAUAAAUCGGGUAUUUAAGGAGCUGGAGAUUGGGGUGGAUUUGGUGCAACAUCACUGGAACAUUGCAAGGAAAUGCGCCACUUGGGGUCCAUGUGUUUCGAAAGUUAUUUAUAGCACUACGCUGGCACUACGACAACAUUCAACAACAAAGCGGAGUCGCUGCAUCGCCGGGAUCAGUUGCAAUCAGACCAUGGCCUCGUUUGGAGUUCGGGGAAUGAGCCAGCCGCUGGGCAUUCGGAUCUGCUGCUGUCGCGUCUGCACCUGCAUAAACUUCGGGUUCGUUCUCUCGCGGAUUGGCCUCCUCAAGCUGAUGCAACUGGGCCUGGCCAUGCUCUGCGAGGGACUGCUCAUCCGGUACGGCGUCCCAUACGCUGACUCUAUUGGCCAGGCGUUAACCAGCUUCCUGGCCACCACCGGCCACUGCUUCACCACCACCGGCAUCCUGCUGCUGUGCUACGCCUUCUCCGACAAAUCCUACAGCCUCAUCCGCCAGUCACUUUUCGAGACCUUGUUCAAUGGCCUCGCCAGCUGCAUGUACUUCAGCUCAUCCAGUUACAUGGGUUUCGCCUGCGUGGUGUGGCUGCAUCCGCAGUUUCUGGUGCGACCCGGAUUCUGGGCAUAUCCGGCCAUGACCGCCUGUUACGUGAGUGCUAUUUAUUCAUCUAAAGACAACAAUCCUCUUAAUUCUUUAAUUUUCAGUACAUGGGCUAUGCGGCGGGAAUUUUGCAUGCCCUGGAUGCCUACUUGGCGUUCCGGCACUUUCGAGGCGCACGAUAAUCACGCUAAUCCCGGCCAGACAAAAAAACAGUAUCUUAAGUAAUUUG